AUGGGUGUGUCGACAAUAGACACCCUGCGGGAGACCAUCCUCAAGACCAUUCAGCAGACCGCUCGUGGAGAAUGGAUGGUGUUUGUAGUGGACGAGAUGAGCCGAAAGCUCAUAGACAAUGUCGUGAAGGAGGAUGAGAUACUCAGUCAAAAUAUCACGAACAUUGAGCAGAUCGAGAACAAGCGGCCCAUGAACCGGGAAAUGGAUGCCAUAUACAUAUUGUCCCCCCAGCCAUACGUCGUUGAUUGCUUCCUUGCGGAUAUCGAGCGCCGCCGCUAUCGAAGACCGUUCCUGAUAUGGACAUCAAUACCACACCCAGCUCUUCGGGAGCGGUUGGAUAAAUAUGCCGACCGGAUAGCACUACUCAAGGUGGUAGAGAUGGACUUCUACCCUCGGGAAUCACAUCUGGUCACUUUCAGAGAUCCAUGGAGCUUUCCGGUGCUCUUCCAUCCAGCCUGUAACGGCCUAGUCCGUGAUCAUAUGGAGGCGCUGGCGAGAAAGAUUGCCGCGGUGUGCAUAUCUCUCGGAGAGUACCCAACUAUACGCUACUACCGGCCGCGCAAUCCAACGCACGAAGCCAGUGUCCUCUGUACGCAUCUCGCUCGCUUCGUGCAAGAUGAGAUAGACAUGUAUGCCAAGUUCCACCAAGACUUUCCGCCGCAGACCAACCGUCCGCGAGGCGCAUUGUACAUUACCGAUCGGUCUAUGGAUCUAUCCGCGCCAUUUCUGCAUGAGUUCACCUACCAAGCCAUGGCGCACGAUUUGCUGCCAAUCAAGGACAGCGGCGACAAGGUCAUAUAUAAAGUAAUAGUCAACGAAGGCCGGCCAGAUCAGGAGGAGAAAGAGAUGAUCAUUAGCGAGAAAGACAAGAUAUGGGUUGAGAACCGGCAUCGACACAUGGUGGAUACUAUACAGAAACUCAUGGGCGAUUUUCAGCGCUUCCUCGACGAGAACCCGCACUUCAACAACGCCGAUGGCAAUGCGUCUAGCAUAAACGCCAUAAAAGACAUGAUAGCUGGCCUUCCGCAGUUUCAGGAGAUGAAAGAAGCUUACACACUAAACCUAAGUAUGGCGCAAGACUGCAUGAACAUCUUUGAGCACCACAAACUCCCUGAUGUGGCAUCUUUAGAGCAGCAGACGCUUGCGACCGGCCUUGACGAAGACGGCCGAAAACCAAAAGCGCUCUCCGAAACCCUCAUCCGCACCCUCGACGAAGAAGCGGUUCGCCGCCCCGAUCGCCUUCGCCUCAUAACGCUCUAUCUCCUGUACCGCAACGGCCUGCUCCCCGCCGACCUCUCCAAGCUCCUCGCACACGCCCAGCUACCGCAGCAAGACGCCGAAAUGAUCUCUAACCUCGAAUUGCUCGGCGCACGUGUCGCCAAACCCCUCAAAGACCAAACCCAACCACCCCCGCCCCUGUUCGCCCAAAAACCCCCUCCGCCCAACGGCUGGGAAGAAUACGCCCUGUCCCGCUUCGAAACAAACCUAAAGCUCAUGCUCGAAAACCACGUCCACGGCACCCUCGACCAGUCCCUCUUCCCCUACACGAAGCCGCACCUCGACGCCUCCGACGACUCCUCAAACGCUCCCAUCUCCUCCGCCUCCCUGCGCUCUGCGAAGCCCACCUGGGCAAAAUCCCGCCUCUCGUCCGUCGAGCCCCGCCAACGCGUCAUCGUGUUCAUGGCCGGUGGCGCGACGUACAGUGAGAGCAGGGCCUGCUACGAAGUCUCGCGCGACACGAGCAGGGAUGUGUUUCUAGUCACGUCGCAUAUGCUAACGCCGGAAUUUUUUAUGCGCCAGCUGGGCGAUCUGAGUGUGGAUAAGAGGAGGUUGGGUAUCCCGGCUGAGCAGCCUCCGCGGAAGGCGCCGGCGUGGAUCUCUGAGCGCGAGGAGGAACCUAAACCGUCGCCCUCGCAGCAGCAGCAGCAGCAGAAGCAGGUGCUGCCGAAGCCGACGGCCCCGCCGACGCAGGCGAUGGCGAAUGUGAGCCUGGGAGGCGGUACGCCGAGGCCGACGCAGAACGGGCAGGGGAGUCAUUUGGCGGCUGCGAGUGGGAAGGCGUCGGCUGCGCCGCCGGAGAAGGAGAAGAAGAAGAAGCACCAUUUCUUUUCGUUGAAGUGA